CUGGUAAAAUGCUUAUAUGGUUUAAAAAAAGAACAACAUUUUGAUACUUAAUUCUCAGAAGGUUUUGUUUUUACUUACAGCUUUAAUUAAUAAUUGUACAAAACAAUCAUUGUUUCUAAAGUUGUUCUGCAAGUUUUUGUAUCUACACCAACAGGACUCCGUUUGAUGGUCUCUGCUGCUUCAGUGUUUGCAGUUCUGUAUAACAGAAAAUAAAAUAAUUGACAGAAUUGUCCAGAUUACGUUAAGACUGGAGUAACAUGCAGAGCUACGAGGAUGCAGUAUCGUUUCUGGGAAACUGGGGUCCGUUCCAGCGGAGAGUGUUCAUCCUCCUCAGUCUGCUCUCCAUUCCCUGUGGAUACGUGGUCCUUUCAGUCAUCUUUCUGUUGGCUGUUCCACCUCACCACUGCUCUAUCCCAGUCAGCAGCAACCUCAGCCAGGACUGGAUUCAGGCCAGCAUCCCAGAAAAGCAUGUGGCAGGGAAGCUGGAGCGAAGCAGUUGUAGCCGGUACAGGUUGGACCUGGUACUGAACCUGUCAGCGGGGGAAGACUCACUCCACGUGGACCAUGUCCAGAACCUAUCUGUGCUGUUGGCCCAAGUCCCGUCCUCUGAUAUGAUGCUGGAGGGCUGCAGAGAUGGAUGGAUUUAUUGUAAACAGUACUACCAGUCUACUGUAGUCACUGAGUUUAACCUGGUGUGCAGUGACCAGUGGAAACAGCCGUUGGUUUCUUUAUUGUACUUCGUGGGAGGACUUUGUGGAUGCUUCAUCUCUGGACAGAUGGCUGAUCGAUUUGGCAGGAAACCUACACUGUUUGGUUCCCUUCUUAUUCUUACCAUCUCUAGCACAGCUGCGACCUUUGCGCCCUCAUUCCCUGUCUUUACAGUUUUGUUCAUGUUGAUGGGUUUUAGUCAGAUGGCCAUCUACAUCACUAUUUUUGUUCUGGGUUCAGAAACUCUGAUUGGUUCAACCAGAGUUCUCUUCUGCAGCCUGUGUUUGCCGUUUGUCUACAACACCGCAGUUGUAAUGCUGCCAUGUACUGCAUAUCUGGUCAGGAACUGGAGACACCUGACGCUGCUCAUUGCCGUGCCCGGUCUGGCCUGCCUGCCUCUGUUUGGGUUAAUACAAGAGUCUCCUCGCUGGCUGGUUUCUUGUGGCCGUUUAGAGGAAGCAGAGCGGCUGCUGAGGUCAGCCGCUCUGCAGAACCGGGUGGAACCCCCAGCUGUCAUCUUCCACUCGUCUAUGGUGGAGAAGACAGAAAAGGAAAAAUCUGAGACCUACAACUUCUUUCACCUAAUGAGGAUCAAGAAGAUCCGACCCAUAGCUUUCAUUCUGUGGGUCAUAUGGCUGUCCACGAGCCUCAGCUUCUUUGGGAUAUCUUUUAACCUGUCCAGUCUUGAUGGGAGUCCUUUUAUCACCUACAUCCUGUCAUCAGCUGUAGACUUUCCAGGAUAUACAGUCAGCUGGUUGACGGCUGGUUAUUUUCCCCGUCGUCUCUCGUAUAUUGGCUGCACCCUUGUGAGCGCACUUGCUCUCUUUCUCCUGCAGAUCACAAUGCACAGUUCCACCACUCUGACCCUGGUGCUGGCGCUGCUGGGUAAAUUUGGCAUUUUGGCUGCAAUUGGUGUGAUAUACGUGUACACUGGUGAGCUGUUUCCUACAGUCAUCAGAAACACUGCCAUGUCAUCCUGUGCCAUGUUCGCCCGGCUGGGCUCAUCUGUAUCGCCCUAUUUAAUGCAACUAGCUGUGUUCUAUGAGUUCCUGCCCUGGAUCGUGGUGGCCUCUCUGUCAUUGGUUGUUUCUCUUCUCUGUGCAUUUCUGCCGGAGACCUUUAGGCAACCACUUCCUGACACGAUCCAAGAACUGAAGCCAAUACAGAUGUUCAAAUGGCCUUGUAGAAACGGUCCUACCUCCAAGGAUGAUCUAAGGCCAGAUGCACCUGAGGUCCUCCGCUCAACACGCUUCUAGAAAACAGUCAAGAAACUGGACCAAAAGUUGGAGGUUUUAUUUUCUCUACUU